AUGCCUCGCUACUUUAGCGAUUCCUCAGUUGCCUUCCUGCGGCGCUACCAGUUCCUCCCACGGCACACUGAUGGGCACCCCGCGCGGAAGAGACGCAUUCCGACAGACAGCAUUUCAUUGAUAGAUGUGAUGAUUCAUAUCAAUACCAUCUUCGCAAUCUUCCUACGCAUGAAAAGGACGUUGCGCACCUCACCAACAGGUGAUGACACAAGUGUGGAGGCAGAAGCGGGGACUUCCCCCUCCUUACCACACUUAGACGAUACUGCCUCCAACACUGAGGCCUACCUGCAGGAUGAUAUGGUGGACUUCGACGCCCAUCUUUCGGAAGAAGUCCUCGCGCCGUUGCUACUCGCGUUCCUAGAGUUCUACGCUGAUCACAGUAUAGAUACAGUGUCUAUCCGUCAGUCACUGCGCGUCUUCUUGGAGACUACACCGUACCUCAAGGCCUCAGGCGACGACGCUGGGGAGGAAGUCUCUCCGUACUCGAGUCCCGCCCUCUUGUUCGUGAACUUGACGAAGGCCCUGCUACGCUGCCACGGUGGGUCGGCGGCUGGGCGGCAGUGCUCUGCGUGCCCAAUGCUGCCGUGGCUGCAGUCACGCGCGGAAUACGCCGUACGUGCGCCGACGUGGUACUGGGAUUUGGCCCAGCACCCACGCACUACAGUCAGGCUUUUGAGAGGCAUCGUUGUCUACCACUCUAUCGAAAGCAGCAGCGACUGGGACAGGGUUGAUGAUGAUGAUGAUGAUGAUAACGACGAUGCGAUUGUCGUUUCACACAUAGAACGUCACAAACGGAAGAUGGAGACAGGUAGUGUGGAGGCCAGUUUUUUACAUCCAUCUGCGUGCAACGAACGUUUCGCCGCCCGUGGCAUCGCUCCUCUGCCGUACGACGUGCAGGAGUUCAUACUUGAGCACCUCUCACCGCGUGCCCUCUCAGCCGCCAUCUCGGUUUGCGGGGUGUGGCGAGCCCUCAUCCGCCGCUCCGCCACCAUGCAAUUUUACCUCCACGCCAGUCGCGCUGUUACAAAUGCAUUUGUUGACUUCAUGGAGAACGGUUGGGGUCGUGGGUGGGUGAGGGUGGAUGAGCUGACGACACUACGGCGACUGGGCCUUCAGAAAGUGCUUGUGAGGACCAUCGGGUACCGCCUGCUGCUGGGGCGCAGGCUCCCUCCGUCGCUGGAGUUAUUUGUUGCACAGCUCUACAAGAAGUUCGGGCCGGAUAGUUUGGAGUGGAACCUACUGGGUGGGCUAUGGAACGCCAUUGAGGUGGAAAUGAAACUGCUUCCAUUUGUAGCUCUCAGCGACGCCAGUUUCCCCUCGCUGUUUCUCGAUGGGACGGCGCCCUCUGAACUCUGCAAUGUGUUCUCGCAAAAGGCCACAAAGUUGCAGUUGACGCACCUGUGCCCCUGGGUGCGGCAGCGUGAUGUCCCAUUUCUUUGGCCUUUCUUACAGCUGGUAGCGAUGCGAUCACAGUUUCGCGGCGCGCUGGUUGUUCCUCCGAGCACAUCGCCGUAG